AUACUUAAUUGAUUACAAUUAUGUAUUCAGAAGACGACAUAACGCGUAACGUGGCACAUUUCACACGUUUGAAAAUCUAAAUUUCCCCGCGUUAAGUUUGCAACGGCGUAUUUGCAACUUUGACACUACGGAUGAAAAAAGGGAGAGAAAUAAUUGUAAAAGUUAAUUUUCUACAAAUCUGUGAAAAAGACAAAGGAUUUGCAAAGAUCGAGGAGGACUGCGUAAACAUAUGACGUCACGACUUCAUGUUUGGUUUCAUUUUAUGCGGUUACGGCCAGUUCUUACCGCGCGGCGCGGACUUGGAUCGCUUGGAGGAGUGACCCUAGCUUGGAGCUGAACGUGAGCCGGAAAUAACUUUUUCCUGCGUUCUACCACCUGUGUGACAGCGCUUUCAACGACAGCGCCUACUGCUUCUGAUGGCCGGCAUCCAGCAAUUGGCAGGGCGUUUGGCUCUGGUCACAGGUGGUGGCAGUGGCAUCGGCCGCGCUGUGUGCAAGGCCUUGUCGCACGAAGGAGCGCGCGUUAUAGCUGCCGACAUAAACAAAGAAGGUGCAGCGACUACGGUCAGCGACUUGCCAGGUUCCCAUGAACAUCGUGCUCUAGAAGUGGAUGUUGGAAGCUCUGAAUCUGUGUCGUCGCUGUUUGCCGAAAUCAAAAAGGCAUACUCUGCCCCUGUGAGCAUUGUAGUCAACUGUGCUGGUAUUCUCCGAGACACCUUCCUUAUGGACAUGACUGAGGAAGCAUUUGAUGAAGUGUUGAAGAUCAACUUAAAGGGGACAUACCUUGUGACCCAAGCUGCUGCUCGGGAAAUGGUCUCAUCUAAUGUGCCAAAUGGAGCAAUUGUGAACAUUUCCAGUAUUGUGGGAAAGACUGGAAACAUGGGUCAAUGUAACUACGCUGCUUCGAAAGCGGGUGUUGUGGGUUUCACGAAGACAGUUGCUCUGGAACUGGCCAAGCAUAAUAUCCGUUGCAAUGCCAUCAUGCCUGGUUUCAUAGAUACACCUAUGGUUGCUACUGUUCCAGAAAAAGUGAUGUUGAAGUUAAAAGGAAGAAUUCCCAUGGGACGCUUUGGUAAGCCAGAAGAGCUGGCUGAUGCAGUGCUUUUCUUGUGCUCUCCAGCCAGCUCCUAUGUGACUGGUUCAGUGCUUGAGGUCACUGGUGGCUUGUAUAUGUAGGCAUGUGACAUGGUUUAUGUUCCUUGUGGCAUGCUAGGUGGUGGAUUAUGUGCAGAUGUGUUAAGCUUUUAUUUCUGCAAUGCUGUGAUGACAUCUUUUUAUUGUUGUUGGAGAAAGGCAAUUGCUAACAGCAUGUGCAGAUAUGUACACGCUUAAUGAAGAGUGAGAAAAAUUGGCAGCAGAUUUUCAGGGACUCCCUUCUCCUUAGAAUGGAAGUCACGUUAAGCAGUUAUAGUUGAGCGUUGCUUGCGGUUCAACUUGCUCACAUUUUGCUUGCUGAGGCACUGCAGAGAAGUGCAUCAAUUUUGUAUUUUUGAUAAGUGACGUGAGCGACACAGUGAGCUUUACUUCAAUAUGACAAAGCCUAGUGGAAGUGCCAUCACACUGCACUUAGUCGGUUAUGUAGCAGAGCGAGCCAGCGCUCUGGCUUUUGCUGCUGGCAUGAGCAUUUUGUGCACGUGCACUAGCAUUUCCACUGAGAGGCUGUGCACAGAUUGUUAGGAUACAUCAGUUUCAGUGUAGCGGACUGUGAGUGGAGCUCCGUUGUAGAAAGGUCAGCGACACUUACCUACUUGAGGAAGCAUGUGAGCAAAUAACAGAAUUUUUCAAUCUCAGAAGUCUUAAGAAUAUUGUGCGUGGAUAUCAGCAGCAGUGACACUGAGAGGAGUAGGAGAAGGUAAUUACAUUUGUUAGUUCCUAAGGAACUGAGACCUGAGCCCAGGCCUCCUUGGGUGGAAUAGGAGCACUGGCUUAGUGUAUUCCUUAUUUACUGCGCCAGCGGAACUGGACAACUAAGAGCGAUGACAGUAGUGCAUUGUAAAAGACUGAAGAUGUCAAUAGGAGCAUGUCUGCAACAUGUAACAGGCUUCUAAAAUAGUUUAUAUGCUAAUAUGUGGAAGCUUUUAGCUCUUUUAAUGUUACACAUUCUCAUGAAUUAUGGCCAUUUUUGGAGUGAACAGUAGGGGCUCUUACCAGAAGCUGACAGUGAAAAACUGUUACAAGUGAAUGAAAAAAAUGUAAGAGGUAAAAAGGAGGAUGUAUGCAAGGAAUGUGUGCAGUAUUAUGUCAGCUGGAGAGUAAUAAGCAACAAUCUAUGCAUAGUUGAUGAGACAAUACAUGGACUGCAGGCAGCGCUACUUUUUAACUUAGCUAUGUGCAUUUCAUAAAAACAAUAAACUGCAGGUUCGUAGGACUUUACUGUAGUAAACAAAUCGUAUCGAUCAAUCACAUUAUAUUUUAUUAAAUGCAGAGUGUACUUGGCAACUACUAAUGUGUGCACAUUGUUGCAAAGUAUUUACAUACAGAGUCCUUAUGAUGACAUUGCUGCUGCUUGCUGCAAGCCUUGUCUGAGCCAGCAACUAUUAGAGUUUUAGCAUGUCUGGUAUUCUGGUAUAUGCAAGCAGAUUGGGCAGAUUGCUGGUUGAGCGGAGGUAUAAAUGCGAGCGGCCAGAUUGGUGGCACAGAGCGCAACCAACCAAACACAGAUCUAAUAUUGUAGUAAUCAAGCUUAAAGCAUUUUAAAAGGGCCCCUCACCAGGCCCCAUAGUAAAUUUUGUUUAUAUGCUGGAAGUUGUUAUGUGACCUCUAGGGAGCGGUCUGCCGCAAAAAUUUUUCAAAUCGACUCAUUAAUAGCUGAGAUAGAAAUAUUUCAGUUCUGCGAACUCAUGAUUUCAGAAGGCAAGCUCCACUGCAAAGCGAGACACUCUCUCCACUUGCCUUGCCUAGCUUCAGCAAGCGAAAUUCCUUCCCUGUGUUCUCCCAUACCGGACCUCGAGGAUCGUGUGAUGCACAUGUCACGAGCCCCGCCUUCACUUUCUCCCUCCUUGAUUUUUUUUUUUUUUUGGCACUGCACAUUUUUGCUGACAGUGCCAUGUGCGAGCUGUUGUGAUUCUCUUGUUUCGUGUAGAGCGCGAUUUUGUGCGCUGUGCACAAGGACACAUGACGACCAGCAUAAUUCAGUGCUACACAAAUACUGAGGCAGGCACAAGCGGACCUCAGAACAUGGUAGAAAAUGGCAUAGUUUCAGUACCUGCGCACGUGAAUGCACGACCAUGGGAACAAGAAUACGAAGCGGAAGUACAUCUCUCUUGCUACGGUGCGUAAAAAAAAAAUGCACACAUUCCGUUUGUGUGUUUUAUUUAUUCUCUACACUUCAAUUUUUAAAUUCAAGCAACAAAUCACACAAAUAAGAGAUGUUGCCUUGAAUAAUUAUCGAAGUCAUGUGUCUCGAUGAUUGACGUCACACUGCAGACACGAAUACGUACGUGCAGGGAUGUGAGUACGUCACCGCCUGGCUUGGAGCGCGGUCACCACGAGGGAAAGGGAAAACGGCAUUUGGAUUGAAAUUUCACACCUUUCUGUGGCAUGUGGCGAUAUAAUACUUUGCAAACAUGAUCGAUAGUGCACAUUGCAUGCUCUGCGCUUGUCAGCUCAGCAUGACCAGACCUGGUGAGGGGCCCUUUAAACAUUUUAAAAGACAACAUGUUCACAAUUAUGCCACUGCCGAAAAUUUACACCAGCAGUGAAGUCAAAUGCUUUUGGUCUGCACGCACUGUGCGUAGUGUAAUACCGGAUACACUAAAACUCUCUAUGGAUUCACCUUCUACAUGACCAUGGCUGCUGAUAAUAAUAUAUCUUCAGAAGUGCUUCCUGAUCACUUGUGUUGAUUUGGCAUGUUAAGAGAGCUAUCUAUCUGCUGCAGUAUUUUUCAUGACAAAUGGAGUACCUGUGCCACUUGUCUUUUGUAAAUGUUAACUGACAUUAUAUAAGCAAAUGAUGGAACUAUGACAUGACAUUUGUGCAUCACAACAUGGUCUCCAGCUUUUUAUUUAAGAUAUUUUGCUUCUGGUGGUAUCUCACUGCUGUUUAUGCAGGUGUUUUUGUAAAAGUUCAGUCAAACUGACUCUUCCCAAGGUUUUUUGUUCAUUUCUUGAAAUUUUGCACAGAACAUAUGCUGAAGGAAAAGCUCCUUCAUUAUAUUUGAUCAAGUAUUGCAACACUUUCAGAGGAAUUUCAGUCACAGUGCAGAAUGACGAAAGGCUACUUCUGCAUGUGAAAUUAAGGACUAAGAGAUGCGUACUUGCAGCGUGAAAAUAAAAUAUCCAUUGCAUUUCA